UCUCGAACAACGCCAGUCAUUCCUAAUCCCACUGCAAAGCGCAUAGAAAGUUGUAAUCUGAAUAUGAUGGGUAACACAACUUCAGCACCCGUUGCUGGACAGAAGCGCAAACGACCAAACUUCCUGUCAAUGGAUCAGACGCUUGUCGAGAUCACCAUCGGAGAUGAAUCUUUCAUGCUUCACAAAGGACUGUUGUGUUCUCAUUCAAAGUACUUCCGGACCGCCUUUGAAGGCGAUUUCCGAGACGUGGAGGACAAGGCCGUUCAACUGCCAGGUGUCACCGACUCUACCCUCAAGCUCUUUCAGUUUUGGUUGUAUGGCCAAGCUACGAGAGAGGUUCCAGAACGCGUGAUCAAGAAGGCCAGAAGAAAUGGCUUGCCAGGUCAACGUGCACAGGAAAAGGCAGCCGACGUUGGCGACGAUGUAUUAAGAGAUGAGGAAAGUGAAAGUGAAGAUCUUCAACUUGACUUACUUUUCAAUCCUAAACAAACGCCUGUUUGGUUGGAUGUUGAAGAAUUCCAUUUCAAAUCAGAUCAUUCAUAUCUCCAAACAUUCGCCAGUCUCUACGCCUUCGCCGAGGUCUACGACACGCCGCAACUCCGCGAAGAUGUCAUGACACUUCUGGUUGAACUGCACAAUCUCAAUCAAGGCAAAGAAAAGUCAGACAUGCGCAGGACACUUCAAGAACUCUACGAUUCCGUCGCUGCAAGCUCGCCUCUCUGCAAGUAUCUCGUCAAGCGAACAGCAGUGUACGGCGACUUCCGAAGAAUCAAGCGGUCAACUCUUGAGGAGCUUCCUAAAGAGUUCCUCGUCGACAUGCUUCUGGCUACUACACCACUGAAACGCGUCAACCGUGCCAAGCUAAAAGAAGAGACUCGUGAUAGCUGUAACUUCCACGACCACAGUAAUAAUGAGGAGAUCAUGAGCUGUAAAAGGAGGCAAUCGCGUGAUGGGGCGUUCUACGUCAGCUUUCUGAGAGCUUGUAUGAGCGAGGUGUAUGCGCAGGAAGAAGACGUAGCGCAGCUGCAGACGCCAUCGAGCACGCCCAACAUUCCAGUCCGAGAUGCGUGCAAGAGAAAAGAGAGUGACGCAGCGUUACGGAUCGUUGAGGAUGAUAGCGAUACUUCGAUUACCUUGUAUGAAGUUUAGCUUGAAAGGGACCCGCCUGCAGUUUUGGCUUCCAAGUAUCAACCCAAGCACAUCCGGUUUCCAGACAACUCGUUACUCAUCGGUGCGGU